AUUAAACAACAUCGAUGUCAACCUUUCUCAUUUUCAAUCGCUUACGAAUUAUCCAGCCUCAAUUUCGAUCUAAAUCGUGGACGAGUGUUUUGGAAAUUCACAGAACUUCUAAAGUAAAAUCCUAACGAUGUCCGGAAACGUACGAACCGGUGAACAGAAAUCGUCGUCAAUGGAUCGUGGAUAAGCGUCAUGGCGAAUCAAACGGCUGAUUACCAUGGGGACGUUUAUCAAUGGAAUCGAACAGUACCGACGGAUGAACGCGAUACGCAAACGGAAUAUUAUCUAGCCAAUUGGACAGAUCUCGUGCUGGCUGUUCUGUUCUGCAUGCUGAUCGUCGUCACUAUAGUCGGCAACACACUGGUGAUAGCAGCGGUAAUUACGACGAGACGACUAAGGUCCGUUACUAAUUGUUUCGUAUCCAGUCUGGCCGCCGCGGAUUUAUUGGUCGGUUUGGCUGUAAUGCCACCGGCUGUACUGCUACAGUUGAACGGCGGAAGCUGGGAAUUGGGUGAAAUCCUAUGCGACUCUUGGGUGUCCUUGGACAUUCUUCUCUGCACAGCUAGUAUACUAUCGUUGUGUGCGAUAUCUAUAGACAGGUAUCUCGCGGUGACUCAACCAUUAAUCUACAGCCGAAGACGAAGAAGUAAGAGAUUGGCUGGUUUAAUGAUAGUAGCUGUCUGGAUACUAGCAGGUGCGAUUACGAGCCCACCUCUUCUUGGCUGUUUCCCACGGGCAACUAAUCGCGAUAGCAAAAAGUGUUCCUACAACAUGGACUCCUCUUACGUCAUAUUCUCCGCCUGCGGGUCUUUCUUCUUACCAAUGUUAGUCAUGCUUUAUGUAUACGGAAGGAUUUCCUGCGUUAUAGCUAGUCGACACAGAAAUUUGGAGACCAGUGACUCUGAAAAAACUCGUCGACAAACUCGAAAUGCACCGAUCGAACGUACAAAGAGCAUGAAGAUUCGUCGUUUGGAGUGUACGGUGGAUAGUGAUACUUGCGAAAGGACGUCGAACGAGGGUGAAACUACAAGCAGUUGCAAGAAAGUGGGUAUAAUUCGAGGUCAUCAGCAGAGCUGCAUCAACAGGGUAGCGAAGGAAACGAAAACCGCUGGCACAUUGGCAGUAGUAGUGGGCGGUUUCGUGGCUUGCUGGUUACCAUUCUUCACUCUCUAUCUUGCCACUCCGUUCGUCCCGAUGGAACCACCGGAUAUCCUGAUGCCGGCACUAACGUGGCUAGGUUGGAUAAAUUCAGCGAUAAAUCCAUUCAUCUACGCAUUUUACUCGGCCGACUUCAGGUUAGCAUUUUGGCGAUUAACGUGUCGGAAAUGCUUCAAAAGUCAAACGGCCUUGAAUCAUACCGAACGGAAAGUACCAACCCCUGCGACGUGGAGGAAGAAUGCAUCGAGAACGUGAAGAUUAAUCUUAUUUAUAUUAAAAAUGAUUAAAUAGAUACUGCAGAAGAUAGUACGAAUAAGGCGAUUUUCAAUUGUGGAUUAUCGGAAUAAAAGGAAUAAUAAAAAAUGGAAGAAACGAGUUUCGUUUCGGAAGACGCUGCCGAAGAAGAAAUCUAACCGCCUAACGAUGUUUCCUGUAUAGGAAAAGUCACUGCAUAGCUUGGAUAUUCUGAUAACGAGUGAACGAGUGAACUGAAAAAGGGAAAAGAUGGAUGGAUGGAUAGAUAGAUAGAUAGAUAGAUAGAUAGAUAGGUAGAUAGAUAGUUAGAAAAAGAGAGAAAAAAAGAAAGAAAGAAAGAGAGAAGUAAAGAAAGAGAGAGAGAGAAAGAGAAAGAGAGAGAGAAAUUUUCCUUUGCUUCAGCGCAUCUUGCGUUCGUUAACGUAUCUUUUCAUAACGAACACGCAAUUUUCUUCUUUAUAUUUUUAACAAACGCUCGCGUGACAUUUAUGAUUCGUGGAUCAAAUGUAACUGUACAUAUACAAUAUAUAUAUAUAUAUAUAUGUGUGUGUGUGUGUAUAUAUAUAUACAAUACCAUACGUAUAGGUUUACGGUACUAUAGCUUGUUACGUUUCACAAUGAGAAAAGUUCUAUUUACUUUCUUCAAAGAUCGUUGUAAUUAAUCGGUUGAACUCUGAGUUUGAGCCAGUGCCACUUCUCUUUUUCUCUCUCUCUCUCUUUCUCUUUCUCUUUCUCUUUCUCUCUUUCUCUUUCUCUCUUUCUCUCUUUGUCUCUCUCCUUUUCUCUCUCUAAUUCAGGAAUGGAUUAGAGCUUAGAUUAGCUACGGUUUAACUCUACGUUAGUAUCGGUUUGACCCUCGGUUGUUUCUGAAUUAGAGCCGCGUUAGGUCCUCCUGUGAAGACUUCCAAAUUAACCACUCUAGAGAGAAAGAGAAAGAGAGAGAGAGAGAGAGAUAGAGAUAGAGAGAUAGAGGACUCGAGGGGCUAGUAGUUUCCAACUCGUCGACCUACGAAAAUCGAAUCUGGUUCGAGAGUAAUGUCAAAGCUUUCGACGAUAUAUCAAGGAACUCUUUAUCUCUUUCAUCGAGGAACAUCAAUAAGAAAUAGGAUGGAAUUUUAUGGAAAAACUUAACAUGCGAUUUUUCAAAAACUUUUUUUCGCGAGCAUAAAUUUUGAUAAAUUAACUCGUGAAUUUUAUCUUUCGAUAACACAGUUGUAAGUUCGAUUGGUAUUGAGUUUACGAUAAUAGAACGUUCCUCUAUGCUAGAUUAUAAUCUUCGUGAAUAGUAUCGAGAGAUUUGCCUAAAAUCAACAUUGCAUGGAGAACGUAUCCAAAUACAUACAUAUGUAUGAAUCUACGAAAAUUCAGUUUCAAUUCAAAAUAAUCAAUGCAUAAGGAACAACAAAUAAUCUCAAAUCGGUACUGAUUUCCUAUUAAUUAAUUUAUUAUUUUAUGUAAAUUAGAUAAUCAAUGUUUUACAUUUUUCUGUUAAAACAUUCGAAAGAUAUUGGCUGAGAGCAAAUAACAAAUUAUUUUUUUUCUAUUUCUAUCUUUCUCUUUUUCUUUCUUUAUUUCUUUUUAAGAACAUCGUAUUAUCGUCUUUUAUUUAUUUCAAACGUUAAUUAAUAUUCUAUCAAAAAUCAAUGUUGGAUUAGAAACUAAUAAGUAUAAUUUAUGUAACCACAAAGUAUCUCUGCGAUAUGCGAAAAACAAAAAAGUUAAGUUAAAAUUGCGUCGUUAUCGUCAAAUUAUAUACAUAUCUAGAUCAAUCCAAUUCCUUUCAAACUAUGAAGGUAAACUUUUCUAAUGCGUACGAUAAUUCAUAAUAUAUUCGAC